AAUAAUUUUUUUUAAAUUUAAUUUAAUUUAUUUUGUUUGAACGCAAUAUCUGUGCAACUUGCUCGCUGCAAGUUUGUUGAACCAAAGUUAAUUUAUUAUUUGCCAGCACAAAUUAAAAAUCACCACGCCAUGGGUUUAUCGGAAAAUCAAGCAAACAAUUAUGUGUCAACCAGCACCGGACCUGGCGGCCAGGUUGUUGUUGUGGAGUGUCCAAAUCAUCGCAUGUCAAACAAAAAGCUGCACAUAUUGAAGAAGAUCAAGAAACGUUUCGGUUUAGUCCGUCGAUCGCCAUCCUCCUGCCCUGGUCCCAAUAACUUACCACCCCUCCAGUUUCACAGCGUCCACGGUGACAACAUACGGAUAUCACGUGAUGGCACCUUAGCGCGUCGCUUCGAGAGUUUCUGCCGCGCAAUCACUUUCUCUGCACGUCCGGUGCGCAUCAACGAACGUAUAUGUGUGCGCUUCACGGAGAUCUCGAAUAAUUGGAAUGGCGGCAUACGUUUCGGCUUCACCAGCAACGAUCCUGCAACGCUGGAGGGUGCGCUGCCCAAGUACGCUUGCCCCGAUUUAACGAAUCGUCCCGGUUUCUGGGCAAAAGCACUGCACGAGCAAUAUUGCGAAAAAGAUAACAUACUUUAUUACUAUGUCAAUUCGGCCGGCGAUGUAAUCUACGGCAUCAAUAAUGUAGAGAAGGGUGUCAUACUAAGCGGCAUUGACACGCGUGGUCUGCUUUGGACUUUAGUAGACAUCUAUGGAAAUUGCACCGCAAUCGAAUUUCUAGAUUCACGUGUAUAUAUGUAUCAGCAGAGCGGUAACGGUCUUGUUGCCGCCGGAGUGGCGUUGCCUGCAGGCAAUAGCGCUGUAAUUGGCGCUAGUAGCACAUUACCUGGACCACAAAUACCUCUGAAUCCACACCAUCCGCAUCAGCAGUCACGUCGCUCAUUGCCCGCCGUUGAACAGGAUUUGGAUCGGCAUGUGUUGCCCUCAAUGCAGUCGUUGAACAUUUCAGUAGAGCAAAUGCCAUACGCGCAAGAUAUGUCCAAUGGGCUGCCACCGUUGCGUUACAAUCUCAACGGCCGCCUUAUACCGGUACCCUUUCACAUUACCAAAGGACGCAAUGUGCGUCUCUCAUUGGAUCGCUUCAUUGCGUCGCGCACCGAAAAUGAUUUCUGCCAGGGAUAUGUGUUCACAGCACGUCCCAUACGUAUCGGCGAAAAAGUGAUCGUGCAAAUACUCAAAACCGAACAGAUGUACUUGGGCGCAUUGGCGCUUGGCCUUACCUCCUGUAAUCCGGCCGCACUACAACCCUCCGAUCUACCCAACGAUUCUGAUUUUCUGCUCGAUCGUCCCGAAUACUGGGUCGUUAGCAAAGACAUCGCUUCACAACCGCAACGCGGUGACGAGAUUGCCUUCUUUGUUGCGCCCAACGGUGAAGUGACGAUCAGCAAAAACAAUGGACCAGCUGUGGUUGUUAUGCACGUCGAUCAAUCGCUGCAAUUGUGGGCCUUCCUCGAUGUUUACGGCUCAACGCAGUCGGUGCGCAUGUUCCGCCAACAACUACCCAACAUGGUCAGCUAUCCGCAACAACCACUCUCAACCGCACCCUCGUCACAACGCCUGCCACAACACCCCAAUAUGUCAAUCGCCGAAUCGAUGAAUAGUCUGAAUAGUCAAAUGUCUGAAUCGCGUAAGAUGUUGCACACUUCCGCGCUUACGGUAGCAUCACACAACACCAUGAACAGUUCUGCGGCGGCAUUAGCCUCGUUGACUGCUAAUGCGGCAUCGCAAACACAUUGUAAUGUACCUGUACCGACAGUAGCGGCGGUCACGCCCGUCAACAAUGCUAAUGGUAAUGCCACCGCGACUGCGACGGGUCACAUGAUCAGUAUGCCAUCAAGUGGUGAUCUUAUACAAAUACAGCCUAAUGGUGGUGGUACUGUGUUGGUUGUGAACUUGCCCCCUGCGAAUUCUACACAUGAACUAAAUAGUGUGGGUGGCGGCGGGGGCGGCGUCGUUGGCAAUGGUGUGGGCACUGCGCGGCAACCUACAUCAGGUGUGUUGGCGGGCGCCUGUUCGACUAUUGGCAAUAAUCAGUUUAUUGAGCCCGCGGCUGCGAUGAAUGGCUGCAAUUCCACCCAAGAUAUGAGUAAAUGGAAGGAUGUGGUGGAUCACAGUGGAAACGGCGGUACUGGCGCUGAAUGCACGAUUUGCUACGAAAACCAAAUUGACUCAGUGCUCUACAUGUGCGGACACAUGUGCAUGUGUUACGAUUGCGCCAUCGAGCAAUGGCGCGGUGUUGGUGGUGGUCAGUGCCCACUGUGUCGGGCCGUCAUACGCGACGUUAUACGCACAUACACUACAUGAGCGAGCGUUUGAGGCGCACAUUAAAAGAGAAAUGGAAGAUAAAAAACCACGCUAAAGCCAAAAGUAGAGUUUCGCCGUAGCUAAAAAACUAUUAUAAUAAUGCAUAAAACAAUUUUAAUACAGAGAGAGAGAAAGAUGAAAAGUUAAUUCCUAAUUUUGCUUAAAUGUCUCCUAAGAUGAUAUAAAAAAUACCAAAACAAAAGCAAACAAAUCAAACGAAAUCAAAUAAGCAACAGUAAAGCCGUCAUGUGUUAAAGCUCAGCACGCAAAUUAUUACUCGCAGUCAAAGACAGUUGAGAAUAAGAAUUGGGUUGUGGGUGGGGGUAGCGAAUAGGCACGUGGCCGUAUAACUGAAAAACUCGCAAUUUUCGUUGAAGAUUAGCAUCUACUUUUAAAAGGGCAACCAAACUAAGAGGAACGCUAAACAUAUAAAUUAUGAAACGAAAAUGUCCAUAAAUUAAUGAGAACUCAGCACUUAUGAUUAAACGUAAACUAAAGUGUACUAAGAAAUACGAAAAAAUACAACUUUAAAUUAACAUUAAUAUUAAAACGCAGACUAGAAUACUUUAAGCAAAUAGUUAAUGAGAAAAAAUUAAUUAAUUGAACAAAAAGGUAAAAUAAAAAAAAGCAUUUACUCUAAAGCAGAGCAAACACAAGCGUACAUACAUACAUAUGUAGAUUUUAUAUUUAGUAAUUACCUAUUUGAAGUGCAGAAAAAACGUAUCACUGCGAAUACACAAAGUAAUAACUAAAAAAUAAAAUAAAAAUCGACGACUAGCGUUAAAUUUCCAGCGGCGAAUUGAAAUGCAGCGCUACACGACUAAAGUUGUAAAUUAAAAUUAGACUUAAAAAAGCAAAAUAUUAUAUAAUUAAUUGAAACGGAACAGAACAAUAUUCUAAAUUUGUGAUUUUAUAAAAAGCAAAACAAGAAAAUAAUGAAAGCAGCAUUUAUUGGCGACUACCAAAAUUGUAAUUGUAACUAAUUAUAUAAAUUUAUUAUUAUUAUUAUUAUUACUGUCAUAAUUAUUAUUAUUAUUAAUGCAAAACAUGUGUGUGUGUGUUUAGAUUUAAUUAUGUUUUCAAAAAUGCGCAAAAUUUACUUUGCGAGACUUGAUAGAAUUUUUUGGUCGCUUAAAAUUUUGCUACGUUUAUGUAAUUAAUUAGAAGGCUGAUUUUGAGUUAAAAAAGUUACAUUUACAUGAUUGUGCUUUAAUAUACAAUUACCUUUUUCGAUUUUUUUCGAAUUUUGAUUUUAUGUUGGCGUGAAUAAAUUGUAAAGUAUUUUAUUGGCUUAAAGACGUAAUUGUUUUCAUGGAACUGAAGUUUUGAUGUUUAAAAAAUUUACAAAAUAUGCGUAAAUUUAUGUAAAAAUUUCUGCAUUCUUUUGUGAUUUGAGUUUUUAAAUUUUUUAAAAGCAACAUUAAUUCCAGCUAACUAACGUAUUUUUUUAACGCAUAUUGCAUAGCCUUCUUUGAUAAAAAUAAUCUUUGUAACAAAUCAGCCUUUCCUUGAAUCAAUUAAUCACAUAAUAACAGCAUGUAUUUCCACAUUAGCUAUUAAUUAUAUACAUAUUUAUUUAACAAUAAUGCAGCCAUUUUACAAUAAAUCGGUAACAUAUUCCUAGUUACAAGCUUGUGUGCACUUUGAAAGAAAAACAGCUCACAAAAAAUUUUACUCAAUUAAAGUGCGACCGUAAUUUUUUUUUUAAUUUAUACGCAAAACUGCCACAAACGACUAAAAAGACAAAUUCAAUUCGAUUGCUAAUUACAACUUAUUAUAUUUUUAUGUUGUACAAAAUUAAGUAGAAAUGCAAUUUAUACUACAAUAACUGCCUAAUUAUAAUAUAAGCAAGAAUUUGACGACGGACAAACAUUAAAUUAAACGAACAAACCUAUAUUUAUAUUUACCAGUCGGCUUACUUCUGUAUUAUGAUUGUAUGCGUGCAUUUUAUUUAUGUAAACUUUCUAAUUGUGAAUGCGUGAAAACUAGAAAGCUUUUUUAUUUUAUAAGCAUCGGCAUGCAUUUUCAAAAAAAACUAAGCACUUUAAGUUACUUUCAAACAAUUGUAAAAAAAAACUAAUUUUUAUGCAUACAUUUCUUGGGCAUUUUCUUUUUUUUAUUUUUUUAUUGUCAAUACACUACUGCAAAAGUAUUAAAACAAGGCACUUUUGCACAACAAUACUAAAUUAUAAAGUUAAAAAGAUUAAUUCAACAAUUCAACAUAAAGUUAAGAGCAUAAUUUUAUAUUUAAAAAGCAAGACAUUACAGAAAGCUGAAUUUCCAUAAUUGCUUGGCUUUUCAAAUUCGUUAAUAGGCACCGCAGUUGCGAAAUUUCAUAUAGUUUGCAUUUAUUUCAAGUGAUUAAUACAUUUUGCCUGCUUUGUGGUAAACCUUUUUUAUGAGUGUAUAAUUAUUUUUUCCAACCUGCUCUGUACAUAAAGUUUAUCUAAAGUUUAGUUUUAGUACUACUUUUAAACACACUGCAUGCUUCAACUAGCAUUCAUUCUACUUGACAUUUACUUUUUGUUGUCAGCUGUAUGUAUGUAAAUUUGCCUUAAGUUUGUAUAAAUUGCACUGCUUGCACUAGUUUAAGUUUCAUAAAUUGACUUGAAAUAUUUUCCUUUUUUUUUGUUUACUUUUAAGACUUACUUAAGUAUAGCGCUAAGUAUUUUUUUUUUUUCUUUUUUUGUAUUAAUUUCUAGUCAACG